UUUUAACGUGGAUGCGUUAUUUGAUGCGUUGUGCGGCAAUGAUAAACCAAAAUAGCAAUGUCGAGGCAAAUGAAGUGUAAAAUGUAAUAUGGGAGUAAAAGCAUUGGCUGGAAGACUUGGGAUAGUUAGUGUCAUGUUUGUGAUAGUAACCUAUAUCAUUUACCUACGUUUUCCGUUGAGUUUGUCAAGAAAUCUACGAAGCAAUUUUUCUGUCACCAGUAUAAUUGCUGUGCAUACUCUAUCUGAUGAAAGACUGAAUAAACAGAGAAAGUCUUCAAAUCCAAGCCGAGCUGGAGUGAAAUCAUUCUCCGACUCAAAAUCCCGCUACGUGGAUUAUGAAACCUUGGUCCCACAAUGUGAUAAUAUACUGAUAAAUAUGACUCAAGGCCAGUGGAUUAAAAAAGUCAAAAUAGUAAAAUACAAAGAUUACACUAAUCAAUGGGUGCAGCAGGAAUUGAUUCUUGAAGAAGAAUUACACCAUUUCUGGGUAAAGCGUGGCAUUCAAACUCGAUUCUGGAGACCUGACCGAAGAUGUGGAUAUAAAAAUACCUUCUGCAAUUUUAGUUUCGAACAAAAGCCGCCGAAUUCGACAUGGCCUCAAGUUGGAAGUUGGUGCAAUGCUCGUGGCAAACAACCAUGCUGUACAGAUGUUUUUAAUGGAUAUUGCGCAAGACCAUCAAAAAAGACAUGCGAAUGUCCAUCGUGCGUGGACUUGAGAAAAUAUAUAUAUGCAGAUGUCAGCGAUUGGCUUGUUACGGACAAAAGAUGCCAGUGGAGGAAUUACACAGCUGCACAAGCCUGUGAUGUGAUAGAAAGAUCAAAAAUCAAUAGUAUACAUUUUGUAGGAGAUUCCUUCAGCAGAAACAUGUUUCGUGCGUUUGCUAUGCUCAUAACUAAUGACACGGUUUCGGGAGCAUGGCACAAAAAUACAUCAGAUCUGGUGAAGGGACUAUGCACAGAAAGGCAUCAAUUUUUCUGGAAAGAGUGUCGUGACACCUUGUACAAUAUUUCAGAAAUGUAUCAUUUGGGAAAACUAUGUGGAAACAGAGGAUAUGCCAACUUCAAAGCAACCAUGCACCCUUUUUACAAUUUGCGAUUCAGCGCACAGUUUUAUGAUCUUGUCGUUCGUAAUCUUGGUGUGCCUGGAUCUAAUUAUAGUCAGUAUUGGCUUUCACGUGGGAUGUCUUUCAGAACGUGAAAUCAAUUAUUAUCUAGGCCCAGCUGUAAAUGCAAUAGAACAAUUUUACGGAAGCCUCUAAAACAGGUUGACCCAAAGAGGCUUUCCGGAAGAUGGCCUCAAAUAAUACUUUCCCUUCCGUUGACUAUUGGGCUACUUAAACCAACUGCUUACUUGAAUCUACAAAAUGAGUAUAAAUGUAGAAAAUAUUCCCGAGAUAUGGCACAAUAUGCUGAUUUGCACGAUAUUCGCGUACUUGAUUUUCAUCCACUAACAACACUUGUCCAAAGUUUUGAUGGCACGCACCAUGGUUUGGCUGUGAAUCUCAUGAAAAAUCAGAUAUUAUUGAAUUUUAUUGCAACUUUAGAUCAUGGUUUAUACGUCUGAGUAAAUGAAAAAUAAUUAAGAGUUUGAUGAGUUUAUACGUUCACAAUGGAGAAUACAUCAUAUAUGGCAGCAAUACGUAUCAGUGAUUUGUACAUGCCAAGCAUGUGCUCAGACAAAUAUAGACGGUAAGAGGUAA